AAGCAAACAGAAGUCGAGAGUUGUGGCGUGAAGGUGUAAAGAUAUGAUUUGGUUAGUGUCUAAAUAAGGCUAUGGCGGAAACCUUAUUACCAUGGAUCAAAAGUGAGAUUCCCCGACAUCUCUGAUACACAGUUUGGCGAGACAUGGUAAAUGUAAAGAUGGCAGCUGUCAGAGCAAAGUCAUUUCGUCGCCAAGGAAGUCUCAUUAGGAGCAAAUCUGAGGGGACGUUGAUUGAUCUAGAGGACACUGGAACGCUGAACAUCAACAAUUUAAAUGGGAGUAGUUACAUAAUAAAUCAAGUGACAAAACAUUCAGAGUGGCCUGUGUUGCAGCCGGAGGUCAAACAUGGAAGGCAAACCACAAAUCCAUUCUGGAACAAACUGUCUAUAUCCAAUCCGUUUUUGGAUGACAUUUUACACACAAACAAUGACAAAACAUUAAGCAACGCUGAUCUAUCAGUACAGAAAGAUGAACCUUCGACUCUGUUUGACAGUGAGAACUUUGACGCCAGUAGCACAUCUUCGGACGAAACAAACUUUGCCCAUUUUGCGGAUACGAAGCAAAAGAGCAUAAGACAAUCAGGGAGAUGGAGGAGUGCCUCGGAUAUUCUCGGCGACCAGGAGAGAAAGGAACCGAAAGGGAACGGCCUCAAAUUGUCAGCAGGCCCAUUUCUGAAUGCAGAUUUCGAGUGGUUGAAAAAUGACCGGGAGGCUUACAAAAUGGCCUGGUUGAGUCACAGGCAGCUAACGAGGUCAUGUCUUGACCUAGGCCUGAUGAGUCAGAGUCCUGGAUGGGCCCAGACCCAAGCCACCGACUCUCAGAUAGUCUGCAAGAUAGGUCACAGCGGAGGGUCACUACAGUUACCAGACUCUGAUAUUACCGCCCAUAUCCCAGAGGGCCAUGUUCCUGCUGGGGAGGUUCAGGAGGUUGCACUGAAAGCCAUCCUGGAGCCCCCUCACAGGCUGAAUAACAACUACAUGACAACCGUGAGUCCGCUCCUGGAGGUGAGUCUCAGCAACACGAGCGGAAAGGAAUCCAUCACACUGGAAAUGAAAAUGGUCGCGGAGGUCAAGAAGGAUCCGAUAAGUCAGGUCAUGACCACAUUUGUGGGACUAGUGUCCAACAAGAGAGAGGGACCUUAUCAGAAAGUCAAGGACUGUUACAUUUACAAGAACAUCAUGCAGAUGAAUCUUCAAGACUUAAAGUCUAAUUUCUAUGUUAUUGUAGCCGCAGAGGCCUCGGUUAUCCAGCCCCCUGCUACAUCCGUUUGGGAUUACCUGGAUCGUCAAGUCACCGUCGCCGUUUAUGGCCCAAAGUAUAUCCAUCCAUCUUUCAAAGUGGUCGUGGUCGUUUCUUGCCACGAUAACGUUCCACCGAGGCUUCCGUUCUCAGAUAUCCACAGGGGCAACAGAAACUUGCCCCCCCUGGUGCUACAGCUCUGGGAGAAGCACCAGUUUAGCCCAGAGAGACUGAAUGACCUACACAUUGUGACUUCCAUCAUAGCGUCAAAGUUCGAAGUCAAAGCCCAGGAUAAAAGGAAAGAAGUGAAACAAGGGCUACUCAAACUGGGUAAAGUCAUUCACCUGCCUCUUGAGCUGGCCAAGAUGGGCAAUGGGGAGAUGGAUUCCUUUAAACUAUGCCUCCAGGUGAGGGAUUCAAACAGUGUCACAGUAGCAGAGUUCCAGGUGUCUUCCCCUGCAGCGGCACCUAUUCGCUCUGAAAAGCGAGAUCCCAUGCGAAACAAAAUGUGUCAAUCGCUAUCUAUACCGGAGGAAUCCGUCCCAGAGUUCCCCAAAUUCUGGACCAGACCUGUGAAGGUGCAGUGUUACGGGGUGGCACUGAAGUCAGUGCUCCGUCAACCGCGAGUGGAGUACCUCCUGGAGUACUUCAAGGGUGACACCGUGGCUCUCCUCUCCAGAGAGACCGUGAGGUCGGUGGGCCAGUCCAAAGUCAAGGAGUGGUACAUCGGCUUCCUCCGAGGCAGGACCGGCCUGGUCCAUUGCAAGAACGUCAAGCUCAUCACCCGAGACCAAGUGAUCGACUUCAACAGCACUGACUUCACCACCGAGACCCUCUUGGACAACAUGGCACUGCCGUUCAAGAAGCUCACCUACAUCUACUCAGACAUCCAGACACUGGUGACUGAACACAUCCUCAGCUGGAGGGGCUUCGCUGAUGCCCUGGGCUACUCGAGCUUGUUGCUGGACACAAUCACACGGAGACAUGCUGAAACAGAGGCUGAGAAGGUGGCCUGCGUGCUGGAGAAACUGAAGGAGGACUGCCACACUGAGAACAGCAAGAAGAAGUUCCAGCACAAGCUCAUGAUCGGUUUGUUGAAGAUGGACUCUCAGGCUCUAGUGGCUCAUCUGAUCCAGAACACAGUCAUCCUGUCCACAGCGGUUGAGCUGGGUAUCAGGUGGAGGGAGCUCGCUGAGAGGCUGGGGAAACUCUCCAGUGCUCAGAUCGCUGCUUACGAGGCACCACACCGGGGGAAGAGUGGAGAAGUUAGCGCCGUGUCUAUGUGGAAACCUGCCUAUGACUUCCUGUACUCAUGGAGCCAGCUGUACGGAGAGGGCUACCAGGACAUGAUCCAGGACCUCCACCUGGCCCUGGACAAGAUGAAGAGCCCAAUCACCAGACAGUGGAGGCAGCUGACCGGGGCGCUAAUCGCAGUCAACUGUCUGGAGAUCCUCAGGGUCUCAGCCUUCCCCAAACCAUAGAACCCCACUGAGGAGAAGAAUGAGCACGCUGGAGAGCUCAAAUGGGUAACAACUGUAGAACUGAGGCCACAGAGGCCCUUCGAUCAAGCUUACUGCAGUUCCCACUAUCUUUGAAUACGGAGGUCCUUGUUACGAUGCAGAGGGGGAGGCGAAGAUGAAGUCAAUGUUUGUUCUUGUUCUUUCUUGUAUUGUGCCGUGUCUUUGCCCACUUUGUCAGAGUUUCUUCUUCGAGUUCAGUUCAUGUCGUAAACAUAAUUAUAGCUAUAUUUAAUUAUUCAUUGUGGCUAGACACUUAAACUAUAUUGCUAGAUUUUGUUCAUACAAAGCCAGAACCAGUGUACGAACAUAAAUCUCAGCCAUAUUAACCAUAUGUAUCUUUACAUGAGUUUCAUAAAGGCUUCGUUUUGAUAAUUUGUCUAACAGAUAUCUGCUUCCUUUGACAUAAUUUCUUAAGACAAAACAGCAGAAACUAUAUUGAGGUCUGUUACUUUUGGGUUUUUCUGUUAGACACUAUGUGAUAGCGCUUGUUAUUGAUUUGACAUUAAUAGUAAGGCAACAUACAGUAGAGUUAGCACUUCCAGUUGUCACACGGUUUUAUACCUUUUAUAUUUUAUGUUACAAUGUUACAUGAAAUACCCCUGGUUUUUCAUUACAUUUUACAUGUAUUUACGUUUAUUUUAGCUGUAUUUACGCUAAUUCUGGUUAAGGUUGGAAGGGAUUACAUUUGUUUUAUCUGCCAGAUCCAAUCCUCAGUAUUUAGAUUGCUAUUUUUUAACAGUGUCUUAAGCCCAUACACUCAAACCUUUUUCAGUGCAUUUAGUUUUGUCUACUUGAAAAUAGCAUAUUAUGUUAAAAUAUAUUUUAAAUAUGUAAUAUAAUGUAAAACAACCUUGUGAUUUUUCUGAAAUAUAAUAUUUCACAAUGUUGAUUUAUAACUGAAAUGGUGACCUGGUGUGUAUGAAGUAUGAAUUAAUAUCACUUACAUUUUGACAGAUAAGUAAUAUAUGACUAUUUAAAUGAAUUGUCAACUACAGUAGUUAAUUGAGAAGAAGAUCAAUUAUUUAUGUUCUAGUUCAUCACCAGGUUGUGAAUCACAUGUUUUGUAAGAGUAGCAGGGAUAGUGAGCAGUAAGGGUCUGUGUCUUGCAUUGUGGGUAGUGUAAUAAUGUGACAAGAUACUACGAGUAGUGUCAUGCGGUUCACUUUGGUCUCGAACAUGUCACAUCCGUUCAGUUAAAGAUAAAUGAGAAUAUUUCGUUUUCGUUAGGGACUUGCAUUGACCCUAAUACUGAAGUCUGUUCAUAGAGGGGGAUGAUUGAAACGACUUGAUUUACCAUGGCAAUAACACUUUAAUUACAAAGGCCUAGAUCACGUUCUCUGUAUAGACAGAUUGUAUCCACAGAGGAAACCCUUCAGUUAAAAGACCUGAAGCUGAAAUUCAUCUGAAACGCCCAAUCCUAACUCCCCAAUUUAUAAGCAAUAAAUCCUGUCCUUGAACCCUAUAUAUAAUUGAAUCCUGUCCUUGAACCCUAUAUAUUAUUGAAUCCUGUCCUUGAACCCUAUAUAUUAUUGAAUCCUGUCCUUGAACCCUAUAUAUUAUUGAAUCCUGUCCUUGAACCCUAUAUAUUAUUGAAUCCUGUCCUUGAACCCUAUAUAUGAUUGAAUCUUGUCCUAGAAUUUUUCUGGCUGUGUGUUUUCUGUUGACUUACUCUUGUUGACCUUUUUAGUUUGACUUUCUCUCCUCUGUUUAUUUAAGCUGGUUUCAACUGAGAGUUGCAUUGUAUGGUCUUUAGUCUUUAUCUGUUGGCGUUGGCAACGGGGAAGCUCAGGAUGUCUAUCCUGUUUCUGUUCUGUAUUACAGGUGAAUGUUGUGACUGCAUACAUUCUGGCUUAAAAUAUAAGAACAAAUAAAUAUACAGUAUACCAUAAAAGUGAGUACACCCCUCACAUUUUUGUAAAUAUGAGUAUAUAUUUUCAUGUGACAACACUGAAGAAAUGACACUUUGCUACAAUGUAAAGUAGUGAGUGUACAGCUUGUAUAACCGUGUAAAUUUGGGGUCCUCAACACAUAGCCAUUAAUGUCUAAACCACUGGCAACAAAAGUGAGUACACCCCUAAGUGAAAAUUUUGUGUGGCCACCAUCAUUUUCCAGCACUAUCUUAACCCUCUUGGGCAUGGAGUUCACCAGAGCUUCACAGAUUGCCACUGGAGUCCUCUUCCACUCCUCCAUGACGACAUCACAGAGCUGGUGGAUGUUAAGAGACCUUGCACUCCUCCAACUUCCGUUUGAGGAUGUCCCGCAGAUGCUCAAUAGGGUUUAGGUCUGGAGACAUGCUUGGCCAGUCCAUCACCUUUACCCUCAGCUUCUUUAGCAAGGCAGUGGUCGUCUUGGGAGGUGUGUUUGGAGUCGUUAUCAUGUUGGAAUACUGCCCUGCGGCCCAGUCUCCGAAAGGAGGGGAUCAUGCUCUGCUUCAGUAUGUCACAGUACAUGUUGACAUUCAUGGUUCCCUCAAUGAACUGUAGCUCCCCAGUGCCGGCAGCACUCAUGCAGUCCCAGACCAUGACACUCCCACCACCAGGCAAGAAACACUUGUCUUUGUACUCCUCACCUGGUUGCCGCCAUACAUGCUUGACACCAUCUGAACCAAAUAGGUUUAUCUUGGUCUCAUUAGACCACAGGACAUGGUUCCACUAAUCAAUGUCCUUAGUCUGCUUGUCUUCAGCAAACUGUUUGCGGGGUUUCUUGUGCAUCAUCUUUAGAAUAGGCUUCCUUCUGGGAUGACAGCCAUGCAGACCAAUUUGAUGCAGUGUACGGCGUAUGGUCUGAGCACUGACAGGCUGACCCCCCCCCCCUUCAACCUCUGCAGCAAUGCUGGCAGCACUCAUACCAUACGUUUAUUUCCCAAAGACAACCUCUGGAUAUGACGCUGAGCACGUGCACUCAACUUCUUUGGUCGACCAUGACGAGGCCUGUUCUGAGUGGAACCUGUCCAGUUAAGCCGCUGUAUGGUCUUGGCCACCGUGCUGCUGCUCAGUUUCAGGGUCUUGGCAAUCGUCUUAUAGCUCAGGCCAUCUUUAUGUAGAGCAACAAUUAUUUUUUUCAGAUCCUCAGAGAGUUCUUUGCCAUGAGGUGCCAUGUUGAACUUCCAGUGACCAGUCAGUAUGAGGGAGUGUGAGAGCGAUGACACCAAAUUUAACACACCUGCUCCUCAUUCACACCUGAGACCUUGUAACACUAAUGAGUCACAUGACACCGGGGAGGGAAAAUGGCUAAUUGGGUCCAAUUUUGACAUUUUCACUUAGGGGUGUACUCACUUUUGUUGCCAGCGGUUUAGACAUUAAUGGCUGUGCGUUGAGUUGUUUUGAGGGGACAGCAAAUUUACACUGUUAUACAGGCUGUACACUCACUACUUUACAUUGUAGCAAAGUGUCAUUUCUUCAGUGUUGUCACAUGAAAAGAUAUACUCAAAUAUUUACAAAAAUGUGAGGGGUGUACUCACUUUUGUGAUAUACUGUAUAAUAUACUGUAUGUACCUCCUUCCUGCUACAUUUACAGUCCUAAAGCAAUAUGUUCUGUAUAGUUUUAAACAAUGGCUGUUACAUUAUAAGUGAAAUAUCUUGUCAUUGAAGUGAUUUCUAGUUCAUCUGUUGUUGACACCAGAGAGACAAUAGUCUUAUUCAAUAUCCUGGUAAUAUUCCAUCCAGAUAGUGGACCAGUGACAUGUUACUGGACCAGCAUCAAGUGUAGAUUAAUUAUAGAGCUGUGACACUUCAUUUAUACAUGGGAAGACUACAUCUCACUGGGCAAAACAUCAAGUGAUUGAUGGAUAAAACUCUGCGAUUAAUUGGGCGAUCUAAUUUCUCCCGCACUGAAAUGGAAGUCCGGGCCGAUCCCAGAUCAGGCUGAGCAAGUCAAAACUUUGCCAUGCGAGGGCGGAGGCACAAAGGGAGCUGUAAAACACCAGAGUGGAGAAUACACUGAAGUCAAUAGCCCGCACUGACUGAAACUUUAGAUUGAUUUAUAAAGGGAUUCUGUGACUCUGACCGACGCUUGAAUGUGCACUUUAAAAGGCGGGCAAUAGCUGAGAUCCUAUAUGACAUUUCAAGCACUAUGGGACGCUUUCCCAGACACAGAUUAGGUCUAGUAAUGGACUAACAAUACAUCUCAACAGAGAAUCUCCAUUGAAAGUUAUUUUUUGUCCAGGACUAUAUAGGCUUAAUCAGUGUCUGGGAAAAAGGCCCUACGUGGUGCUAAAUGUACAGUAACAGUCAACACCAACCCCUCAUUCUGCAAUGAGGAAACAAGAAAUUGUUACUAUGUAUUUUCAUAUACACGUAAAAAGAGGGAUGGAUAUCACUCCUCCAGCUUGCAGGGGCAGUAUUCUUUCCUUCUCUGCCAGACUGGUCAGCAGCAUGAGAGACAGAGUUCAUGUGUUGUCAUGUGUUGCUGCCAUGCUGUGUUGUUGUCUUAGGUCUCUCUUUAUGUAGUGUUGUGGUGUCUUAGGUCUCUCUUUAUGAAAUAUUGUGGUGUCUUAGGUCUCUCUUGAUGUAGUGUUGUGGUGUCUUAGGUCUCUCUGUAUGAAGUGUUGUGGUGUCUUCGGUCUCUCUUUAUGAAAUAUUGUGGUGUCUUAGGUCUCUCUUGGUGUAGUGUUGUGGUGUCUUAGGUCUCUCUUUAUGAAGUGUUGUGGUGUCUUCGGUCUCUCUUUAUGAAAUAUUGUGGUGUCUUAGGUCUCUCUUGGUGUAGUGUUGUGGUGUCUUAGGUCUCUCUUUAUGUAGUGUUGUGGUGUCUUAGGUCUCUCUUUAUGUAGUGUUGUGGUGUCUUAGGUCUCUCUUUAUGUAGUGUUGUGGUGUCUUAGGUCUCUCUUUAUGUAGUGUUGUGGUGUCUUAGGUCUCUCUUUAUGAAGUGUUGUGGUGUCUUAGGUCUCUCUUUAUGAAGUGUUGUGGUGUCUUAGGUCUCUCUUUAUGUAGUGUUGUGGUGUCUUAGGUCUCUCUUUAUGAAGUGUUGUGGUGUCUUAGGUCUCUUUAUGUAGUGUUGUGGUGUCUUAGGUCUCUCUUUAUGUAGUGUUGUGGUGUCUUAGGUCUCUCUUUAUGAAGUGUUGUGGUGUCUUAGGUCUCUUUAUGUAGUGUUGUGGUGUCUUAGGUCUCUCUUUAUGAAGUGUUGUGGUGUCUUAGGUCUCUUUAUGUAGUGUUGUGGUGUCUUAGGUCUCUCUUUAUGUAGUGUUGUGGUGUCUUAGGUCUCUCUUUAUGAAAUGUUGUGGUGUCUUAGGUCUCUCUUUAUGUAGUGUUGUGGUGUCUUAGGUCUCUCUUUAUGAAGUUUUGUGCUGUCUUAGGUCUCUCUUUAUGAAGAUUUGUGGUGUCUUAGGUCUCUCUUUAUGAAAUGUUGUUGUGUCUUAGGUCUCUCUUUAUGAAGUGUUGUGGUGUCUUAGGUCUCUCUUUAUGUAGUGUUGUGGUGUCUUAGGUCUCUCUUUAUGUAGUGUUGUGGUGUCUUAGGUCUCUCUUUAUUAAGUGUUGUGGUGUCUUAGGUCUCUCUUUAUGAAGUUUUGUGGUGUCUUAGGUCUCUCUUUAUGAAGUGUUGUGGUGUCUUAGGUCUCUUUUUAUGAAAUGUUGUGGUGUCUUAGGUCUCUCUUUAUGAAGUGUUGUGGUGUCUUAGGUCUCUCUUUAUGAAGUUUUGUGCUGUCUUAGGUCUCUCUUUAUGAAGUUUUGUGGUGUCUUAGGUCUCUCUUUAUGAAAUGUUGUUGUGUCUUAGGUCUCUCUUUAUGAAGUGUUGUGGUGUCUUAGGUCUCUCUUUAUGAAGUUUUGUGCUGUCUUAGGUCUCUCUUUAUGAAGUUUUGUGGUGUCUUAGGUCUCUCUUUAUGAAGUGUUGUGGUGUCUUAGGUCUCUCUUUAUGAUGUUUUGUGCUGUCUUAGGUCUCUCUUUAUGAAGUUUUGUGGUGUCUUAGGUCUCUCUUUAUGAAAUGUUGUUGUGUCUUAGGUCUCUCUUUAUGAAAUGUUGUUGUGUCUCUUGUUGUGAUGUGUGUUUUGUACUACAGUUUUAUUUUUUAUUCCAGCGCCAGUCCCAGUAGAAAGCCUUUUGUCUCUUGGUAGGCCAGCAUUGUAAAUCAGAAUUUGUUCUUAACAGACUUGCCUAGUUUUAAAUAAAAGUUCAUAAAAAAAUAAUAAAACCAAUCCCAGCGUUCAGAUCAAUUAGGUGGCCAUUCAAUGUGACGUAACCCAACACAAAGAAGUCCUGUUUUCCGGGUGAGGUUAAAGCACGGGUGAGCAGGCAGUAACACAAGGAGGACACCAAAUCCAGUCCAGUUAUCUGGCUCGUGUCCGACUGUUUCCUAGGAGAAGAGAGGAGGAACAUAGAGGAGACAUUUAGUGUUUAUUCCUCACUAUUAACAUUAAAACAUUUUCAUCAUAGGCAGAGCUAGAACCACAGUGUGUGGUUGAACAUAGAUACUAAUCUGCCAUCCUGAGCUUCCAAAGUCAUGACAGUUCUCUGAUGUGACAGGCUAGAGAGACUACUGUCAGUCUGGAUUUCCACCACAGGCCAGGAUGUCUGCCUAUUUAGUCAUUGACAGGUCCACACUUCCUGGGACAAUUCCUCUGAUUCACUUCCUUGCUUCAAUAAAGAAACAGGUUGCUCAAUGUAUUACAAAAAAAACAAACAGAUUAAUCUGUUUAAAUAAUCAGUUUCCUUUUCAAUCAGUUUCCUUCAAUCACCAGUCACCACCAUAGACAGGAGAUCUGCUUCAUAGGAAACACUUUCAUCAUGUCUCAUUUGAACGUGUACAAAUGAAUGCCACGUUACACCAUAAUCUUCUGUCAUUCAGGAAGUUCAAACAGAAUUGAUUGACUCAACCCUUCAUCUAACGGUCUGGGCCUUUAGAGUAACACCAUGUAGGUUAUUGUUGUACAGUAAUAGUUACUUUGUGGUUUCCUUUCACUAGACAUGUUGAAGCCAGGCAGGUAGUGUUGCCUGUACCUGGUGAGCUGUUCUCCAAGAUGGCGCUGGCUCUGACUUUCUUUACUCAUUACUGGGAGCAGUGUGAUGAUGGAGGUAAUGGCUGUAACAUGCACUCACCUCUCUGGGACGGCACAGAUCGUCACGUGUGAGAUGUCAACAUGCCUGGCUAUCACUCUCUUAGUAUCAUACAGGAAGAGACAGUGAAAUAUUGUCUAUAUAUUUAGGUCUGAGCUUACAUGAUGGAAUAUAGUUUCAGUGGCAGGGUUUUCUUCAUUUAAAGUAAACAGGAAGGAAGAGACGGACACAGAUUCCCUUUGUGAAGAUGAAACAACACACCUGACAUGUUUCAUACUACCAGGUGUCAGGUUACAGCGUGUGAACCUGUUCUACAUUUAAAUGAUGUCAUGUCUCAAGCUCAAGAAAUGUGUGAAACAUGUCUGUCACGUUCUGUUUUUUAACCGUGCUCAUCUGUAACGCAACUUCCUGCACAUGUUGAGAGUAGGUUAGAGUUAAUGGUCGAUUACAGAGUUAAUUAAAAUAUUGUAAUGUA